AUGUUGAAUAAUGUUGAACGAAUAUCACCGUUAAUACCAAAAUUAAAACAACAGUUAAUUUUCUUAGACGAACGUGAGAAAUUAUUCCGAAGAGUUGAUCAUGGUUCAAUUUCAUGUGAUAGUCCAUUAUCUAAUACAUCUACAAUACCUAAAACACCAAUUUUUACUUUACUAAAUGCUCAAACAUUACCUGCUGUUUCAGUUAAUUCAAAAUCAUCAUCUUCAAUUAAUUUAUCAAACACAAAUCUUUCAUCAACAAUGUCUAUAGAUAAUUCAACAACUGAUCAAGUUAUUAUUGCUGCAGAUGUAUCUUCAUCUUUUCCAGAUGUAUAUGAAGUACCAAUAUUACCAAAAGCUUUAUUGAAAAAUAUUGAAGCUGGAAAUCUCACAAGUUUUAGUCCACAUUGUCAAGGUCGACAAAUACUAAUCGAUGCAGUAGUUCAUGAUCUGAGGGAAAAAUAUAAUUUACUCUAUCUAUCAAAAACACAAUAUAAUGUCGUUGGUUCUGCUCUUGUACGAUGUUUGAAAUUACCCUCAACACCAGAAAAUUUAGCCAUUUGGAAAGAUGCAUUGCAAACCAAAUUAAAACGAACACGUGCUGAUCAUCCAAAUACCAGUCUUGUUCAAGAAUUUCGAUUAAAAUAUUCAAAGUUGGGAUCUGGACGUCCAGUUAAACAAAAAACUGGUGAAAUUGCUGAACGUGAUAGACAUAAACAGAUGGUAAUAAUGCCGUAUAACAAUCAAAUAUCUGAUGAAAUUCAAUCAAUGGUGGUACAAUUACAAAAUUUUUCUCAACUAGAUGUUAAUACUCAAUUACGUCUAUGGAAAGAAACAUUUACCUUUCGUCGACAAGUCGUGCGAGAUCAAUCAACAAGUGAUAUUAUGAAAAAUUUUCCUGCGUAUAGUGAUGCUUUCUUGGUCUUCGAAGAAGUAAAAAUGCUGAUGAACGUCGACUUAAGUAAAGAAGUUCGACGACAAAUUCCUAUUUUAUUAGAUAAAUUAGCCGAAACUCCUGUAUUCAUUGCUGAUUCACUUUCUAUUCGAUUAAUUAAAGUUUUAUGUCGAAAGUUCGGCGAAACUGUUCAACAUAUAUUCUGCGAAAAGGAACCACCAACACCAUAUCCAACAUUGGUCUUGAUUGAUGAUAUUAUUCAUAUUUAUGUUGACUUUCAUCCAAUUCUUUCAACAAAUUCACCAGAUGAUGCUAUUGGUCUUCUUAUCUCAAUGUAUUCUAUCUUUGAACUAUCAUUUGAUAAAAAGAGUAGAACCAUUCGAUUUUUAUAUUGUGUUUUAUAUGGUGAGAAACAAUUUCUCUCUAAUUCAAUUCGAUUAUUGAUAAAGGAGGAGAAUAUUAAUAUUCAUCGAGAACGUCUUCAACUGUCAUCUAUCUCGUCCUAUUCUGUGUCGAACAAUACAACAACACUUAUUAGUGAAUCUCAAAGUCAAUUACAAAUUGUUACAAAUUUAUUGAAUCAUUCUACUGAUGAACAUAAUUCUUAUAUUAUUAAUCAAAUGACAGAAUCAACGACUUCGAUUGAUAGUUCUCAUUCAAGUGUAGAUAUGACUUCUGCUACAAAUGAAUUCAACAAUAACAACGAGAACGUGUCGCCAUCUGAUUGUAGUUCUCAACCUCAAACAAGAAAGAAACGAAAACGUAAACAAAAUUCAAAUGAAGAAGAACAGGAUGAUACAUUGAUGAACAAUGCUCUACAAGAUAAUAUUGAAUUUCCUCAAAGUCGUCUUCCACUUACCAUUAUGACAAAUUCAACUGUUGCAUUACAACAAACAAAACGUAAACGACGAACUUGA